UACAUAAAAUAUUAAAGGAUUUUUCGCGAAAAUUCAGUGAAAUUAAUUGCGCCAAUAAUAAAACGAAACGAAAACGUUCAAAAUAUCUUUUGUUUAAUUUGAUUAAAUAAGUGUGCAAAACGUUACAAUAACUCUUUAUGAUUACAGUUGCUAAAUUAAACCAAAUAAUAACACAUACAUAUAGAGACUAAAUAUUAAUAAAACCUUGAUACGCAUAUUAAAACAUAUUCAGUUUGAAUAUAAAUUUCGUGUGAAUUAAACGGUUUAUUCCAAAUAUAUAUGCUAUAAAAUGCAACAACAUUGGCUUAUAUUAUUACUAUUGGUGGUUACGAGUUCGUUGAGUGCGCAUGCCAAUAGAUUACCAUUAAAUAAGGACUUUGUGACGUCAUUGCUGGCAAAAGGGGAUGUCGACGUCCGUCGUCAGACAGGCAAAAAUAAUUUGAACUUUGAUAAUAUUGUAACAAUUCAAACGCCAUCAAGUGCAGUUCAAGAUUGGAGUUUGGUGUGUCAACAGCUCUGCGGAGCUGCUUUAGGUGGCGCCGUAUGCGCUCCCUACUGUAAAAAUUUGCCAUUUUUACCCUUUAAAGUGCAACUUGAAAAUGCCGAAGAAAUCAUGGAUACGAAAAAAGAUUUAAUAUGCCCCGAAUUAUGUGGUCUACAAUUAGGUGAUGAUGUUUGUACCUGUAAAAAUUAUAACACUAAUGGUGAUUUUGACGCCUACAUGAAAGCUGAAGAACAAACUAAUGUUUGCGCCAUAAUCUGUGAUUAUAAUAGUGUCACACUGACCGGUUGUACACCAUGUAACAGGGAUAAGAAUAACGAAUACAUGAUUUUGGAAAAUGUUAAUAAUUUUAACCAGAAACAACAACGACGACAACAAGUUGUGCCAUAUGGAGCAAUUGACACCUCAACUCCAACGACACCCGAUUGGAAUCAACUUUGCGCUUCAUUGUGUAAAACUGGAGAUGGCGGGUCAUUGUGCAAUUGUGAUUUAUCGCCAUUUUAUAUAUAAACGUUUGAGAAACACUGGUUUUCUUUUUUGUGGACGUUUUUUUAAAGCGAUAAAUUGAAUUUUUUUUUUUUCAAAUUUUUUCUUUGAAAAAAAUUUUGAACAAGUCUUUUUUCCUAGAAAUGGACUUUAAAC